AUGGCCCGUCAGACUUUCCCCUCAAUCUUCUCCACGAAACCCUACGACCGCGCCGCCCUAACCCUCGCCCACGCCCACCUUUCCCCCCCUUCCCUCCGGGACUCCAUCACGCUCACCUUCCACGACUUCCCCCUCACCGCGGAAACCGUCCCCCUCGCACAGGGUGCCACCGCCGUCUGCGUCUUCGUCAACGACGUCCUCUCCCCGGACGUCCUCCACGCGCUCCACGCCGACCACGGCGUCCGCGCCGUCCUCCUGCGCUGCGCGGGCUUCAACAACGUGCACCUGGCGACGGCCGAAGCGCUGGGCCUGUUCGUGGCGCGGGUCCCCGCCUACGCGCCCGAGGCGGUCGCCGAGUUCGCCGUGGCGCUGCUCCUGGCCGUGGACCGCAAGACACACCGGGCGUAUAACCGCGUGCGGGAGGGGAAUUUUAGUCUGGAUGGCCUGGUCGGGCGCACCCUGAGGGGUAAGACGGUCGGGGUGGUGGGGACGGGCAAGAUAGGGUGCGCCUUUGCGCGGAUCAUGAGUCUUGGGUUUGGGUGUCGCGUGUUGGCGUAUGAUCCGUUUCCCGAUGUGGAGGGGUUUGAGAAGGGGAAGGGGAACUUGGGUCAACCGCAAGGGUUGUUGAUGUCGUUGGGGGAGUACCGACCGACGGUGGAGGAGGUGUUGCGGGAGAGCGAUUAUGUCAGUCUGCACUGUCCGCUGACGGACGAGACGCGGCAUGUGAUCAACGAGGCGACGCUGGGCGUGAUGAAGCCCGGAGCGGUGCUGGUCAACACGUCACGCGGCGGGCUGGUGGAUACCAGGAGCGUGAUUGCCGCGCUCAAGAGCAAGCACCUCGGCGGGCUGGCCCUGGACGUGUAUGACGGGGAAGGGCCCAUCUUCUACCAGGACCAUAGCGCCGACAUCAUACAGGACGACGAGCUGAUGCGGCUGAUGACGUUCCCGAAUGUGGUGGUGUGCGGACAUCAGGCCUUUCUGACCGAGGAGGCGCUCACCGAGAUUGCCGAGUGCACGCUGAGGAACUUGGCGGAUUUCGUCAACCGUGUGCCGUGCCCGAAUUCGCUGGUCAGGGAGGGGCAUCUGUUGGUUAGGCGGGAGUCGCUGCCGGUGCGGAUCUGA